AUGCUACUCUGUGGAGCAGGCUACCCCACCCUGCACCACCGUGCAGGCUACCCCACCCUGCACCACCGUGCAGGCUACCCCACCCUGCACCACCGUGCACGCGAGGCCGCUACGGUCGCAGGCUACCCCACCCUGCACCACCGUGCAGACUACCCCACCCUGCACCACCGUGCAGGCUACCCCACCCUGCACCACCGUGCAGGCUACCCCACCCUGCACCACCGUGCAGGCUACCCCACCCUGCACCACCGUGCAGGCUACCCCACCCUGCACCACCGUGCAGGCUACCCCACCCUGCACCACCGUGCAGGCUACCCCACCCUGCACCACCGUGCAGGCUACCCCACCCUGCACCACCGUGCAGGCUACCCCACCCUGCACCACCGUGCAGGCUACCCCACCCUGCACCACCGUGCAGGCUACCCCACCCUGCACCACCGUGCAGGCUACCGCACCCUGUACCACCUUUUGUACACUGCUGUCCAAAAUUGA